GCUUGUCCAUUUCCAACUACUCAACACCAGAUCCAACAACUAUAUUUCCCAUUUAUUCUUAUCUUUGGAAUUCAAUCUUCAUUUCAUUCUCUAAAUUAAAUUUCACUAUCUUCUCCACUCUUUUCCAUCAAUCAUGAGCACUCCAAGAAGGAGAAAGAAAGUUCAAACAUUGAUGAUCAGUGUUCAACCUCUGACACCUCUAAUGGAAGGUCCUGAUGAUCCAAACAAAGAGGAAAAGCAAGUCAAGAAGAAACAGAGCCAUGACAUCACUUCAAGAAAGAGAAUGAAUAAUUUGAAGCUGAUGCUUGGUGUCCUUGCAUGUCCUCUAUCUCCUGUUCCAUUGCAAGCUCAGCAAACCUCUCAUUUCUCUAUCAAAGAUAGUCCCAUAGAGAGUUCUUCAGCUGGUUACAUAGUGCAUCAGUACUUGGCAGCCAGUGGAUGGUUGAAAGCAAAGAAGGAAGUGAAGAGUAAGUAUACUGCAGGGAGCUUGAACAUGGUGUAUAAUGACAGUGGAACAGAGAGUGGUUGUUUUGUGUUGUGGCAGAUGUCGCCGGAGAUGUGGUUGGUGGAUAUGGUCAUCGGCAAGUGCAAGGUGGUUGCCGGAAGCAAUGGCGGCGUCGUUUGGAGACACAUGCCAUGGUUAGGGGCUCAUGCUGCUCGAGGCCCCCCACGACCUCUUCGACGUAUAAUUCAGGGUUUAGACCCGAAGGCAACCGCAAGGGUGUUUGAGAAUGCACGGUGCAUAGGUGAAAAACGCAUUGGUGAUGAGGAUUGCUUCGUCCUUAAGAUGGCCAUGAACAUGGGAGAUGGAGCUAUGAAUACAGAGGUGAUCAGGCAUGUUGUUUAUGGUUACUUCAGCCAGAGAAGUGGUUUAAUUGUUUACAUAGAAGACACACAUCUAACAAGAGUUCAGAGAUUUGGGUUGGAUACUGUGUAUUGGGAAACAACCAUUGGGAGUACAAUUGAAGAUUAUAGAGAGAUUGAUGGCAUUUUGAUUGCACACCAAGGGAGGUCUGUUGCAACAGUGUUUAGAUUUGGGAAGAGUUCUGGUAGUGAGAGUAGAAUAAGAAUGGUGGAAAAAUGGAGGAUUGAUGAUGUUGUUUUUGAUGUUCCUGGUCUUUCUAUUGAUUGUUUUAUUCCUCCUGCUGAAAUAAUGGGUGUCAGUAAGGGUUUGUAAUCUGGUUUUAUGGUUCUUGUUUUGUAAAUUAGAGUUUAAUCACUGGUUUAAUUCUAGCUCUUUGAGUUAACAGAGCUUGUGUUUAUGGCUGAGAAAACUUUUGUUUUUCAGCUUUUGGUUUCUGUCUGUACAUCAAUUCAGAAAUUUAUGAUUU